AUGGCGUACGCGACCUUCCGCUCUGUGCGGCCCACCGUCAUCCGUCCCUCACUCCGGCGCCCGCACCGAUAUGCUCACUCAAGCCAAUUCCAACCCUUCGUGCCGCCGUCACCGAGCUCCCUGGGGAAACCUAGAGAAGCAAAGACCUACAAACGAACCAUCAAAUGGUUACGCCGAAUCAUUUAUGUCUCACUAGCAACAGGCGUCGCUUGGGGCAUCGACCGCCAGUUCUACGCCUCAUCGCUGACUCGAACAGCCCGGACCUUUUCCCUCGGUAUCUUCGUCGCUCUCGACUACAAAAUUAACUUCCGAGCACACCCACCACUGGCUAGCUCUGUUACUGCCGUACACGCCCGCACCGCAGAGCGGUUGUCGCAUCUGUUGAGGCAUAAUGGUGGUCUCUACCUGAAGAUGGGUCAGGCAAUUGCAAUGCAAUCUGCCAUUCUGCCCCCUGAAUUCCAGCAGAUGUUCUCGCGAAUGUUCGAUGAUGCGCCGCAGAACGACUGGAAGGAUGUCGAGAAGGUCAUUCGUGAGGAUUUUGGGAAGUCGCCUGAAGAGGUAUUCGGUGUUUCGUUUACAGGAGACCCUGAUAAGGGCGUGAUGGAGCGCAGAGCCAGAGCCAGUGCCAGUGUUGCUCAAGUCCACUGGGCUCGUCUGCAGGAUGGCACGGAGGUUGCGAUCAAGGUCCAAAAGCGGGAGAUCGUACAGCAAUUGGCAUGGGAUCUCUGGGCCUUCAAAGUUGUGACCUUUGUCUACAGCAAAAUGUUCGACAUCCCUUUCUACAGUCUUGUUCCCUAUAUCAGUGAGAGACUAUCGCUCGAAACAGACUUCGUAAAUGAAGCAGAUAACUCGGAAAACAUGGCCAGGCUAGUGGCCGCUGAACCCCGUCUGCGCGACCGCGUGUAUAUCCCUCGAGUAUUCCGCGAACUGAGCUCAAGGCGCGUCAUGACUGCUGAAUGGGUGGAAGGCGUACGACUCUGGGAUAAAGACUCCAUCACGCGGCCCUGGCGCGGCGGCUGGCACCAGGGAAGUCCAGGCUGUCACGGUACACCGCUUGACCGACCGCAGGAGGGUUCUGCGAAUCGACCGAGUACCAAGCCAAAGCGUGACUACUGGCGAGGCCCUAACCACAACGGCGGACUAGGACUGUCAGUCAAGGACGUGAUGACGACCAUGGUAGAUCUGUUCUCUGCCCAGAUGUUCAUGUGGGGAUACGUCCAUUGCGACCCGCACCCAGGCAACAUCUUCAUCCGCCGCAAGCCGUCCGGAAAGGCAGAGCUGGUUCUGAUCGACCACGGCCUGUACAUCCACAUGGAUCCCAAGUUCCGACACCAAUACGCGCGGUUCUGGAAAGCUCUCCUUACCUUCGACAAUCGCACGCUGGGCGAGAUUGCCAGGGACUGGGGCGUGAACAACGCUGACAUCUUCGCAUCAGCAACGUUGAUGCGUCCCUACAGCGGCGGAGACAAGUCCACGCAGCGCGGUCUCCAGGGACUGAGCAAGUCGGAGCGUGCAGAGCGGCACUACGAGAUGCAACAGGGGAUGCGCAAGGCGGUCCGUGAUAUGCUAGGCGAUGAAACCAAGUGGCCACAGGAGCUGAUCUUCAUCGGUCGCAAUCUGCGCAUCGUCCAAGGUAAUAACCAGUUCCUGGGCUCGCCGGUGAACCGUGUUAAGAUCACUGGUAUCUGGGCUUCGCGUGCGCUUAUCGAGUCGCCGGAUCUGCCGCUGGCCGAGAAGAUCCGCAACAUCGGGCGCCAUUUUAUCUUCCGCAUGGUGCUGUUUAGCACUGAUAUCUUCUUCUAUUUCACCAAAGUGCGCCAGUUCUUGCAUCUGGGUGGUGGUAUGGAGGAUGACAUAGAGGCCCAGAUGCAGAAUAUGGCCAAGGAUAUGGGUGUUGAGCUGAACCACAGCGUCUUCGAGGGAUAG